UACCCAUAUGUAUAUAAUUAUCCAAUUGCAAAAACCCUAGCUUUUCUUUCAACGUCCCCAUUUGAUACAUACCAGCGGCAGCCCUGUGAGAGUGUUAGAGUGAGAGAAAAUGGUUUCCGGGUCGGGUAUUUGUGCGAAGAGAGUAGUAGUGGAUGCAAGGCACCACAUGCUUGGCCGCCUGGCCUCCAUUCUAGCCAAGGAGCUCUUGAAUGGGCAGAAAGUGGUGGUGGUCAGAUGCGAAGAAAUUUGCCUCUCUGGUGGACUCGUCCGCCAGAAGAUGAAGUACCUAAGAUUCCUCCGUAAGCGCAUGAACACCAAGCCGUCUCAUGGCCCGAUCCACUUCCGGGCGCCUUCCAAGAUUCUCUGGCGCACUAUCCGUGGAAUGAUUCCUCACAAGACUAAGCGAGGAGCAGCUGCUCUUGCCCGUUUGAAGGUUUAUGAGGGUAUCCCACCCCCAUAUGACAAGAUCAAGAGGAUGGUUAUUCCCGAUGCUCUCAAGGUUCUGAGGCUUCAAGCGGGACACAAAUAUUGUUUAUUGGGUAGACUCUCAUCCGAAGUUGGAUGGAACCACUACGACACAAUCAGGGAGCUUGAGAAGAAGAGAAAGGAGAGGGCUCAGGCUACAUACGAGAGGAAGAAGCAGCUGACAAAAUUGAGGGUCAAAGCAGAGAAGGUGGCCGAGGAGAAACUUGGCAGUCAACUUGAUAUUAUUGCUCCAAUCAAGUACUGAAAUAGGAAGUUUGUUGUUUUAAAUGACAAUUUUGUUGGGAAUGAUCUAUCCUAUUGAUUUUGUUUCUGUUAUUUCUAUUUCGGAGCAAUCUAUUUACUACCUCCUGACUUUAUUUUCAAAAUUAAAUGCAUGUCCGUGUGUUGCUGGUGUUACCA